UCCAAUCAUCGUUGUUACUCAAUACAUAGUACAAAAAUGGCCUUUAGAACUUUGCUUUUUCUGUUCUUCGCCAUUCUCUUAGUUACUACAAUGUUAUCUUUGUUGGUUUCAGCUGAGGAAUUGGAAGACGAAAAGGCCAAGAAGCCAAAGGCACCCACUCCCGACGACGUGCAAACUCCACCACUUCCAAUGCAGGAGGUUUACGGUGACGAGAAAUUUUUCAAAAAUUGGCGUGGUGUUCGCCCUUGUGUUAGGAGGGUGCCUGGGAAGGCUUACUUGGCAGUAAUGGGAUAUUAUUGUGAUGACUCGAGUCACUCGACCAACCCUGAGGCGAAGCAAAUACGACAGGUACACACUGAUAAGUAAGAUUAAUGAAGUAGCAACUAAUGCAAGAACAGGCGAAUGGAAAGCAAGUAGCACUUCAUCUGCCUAUGGUCGACUUAAUUACUUUCUUCCCGGUAUUAUUAAACUGAUGCACUAAUCAAUCAGAAGUUGAUCUAGCUUUAUCGUUUUU